AAAGGCUUAAAGACUUAGGUCACGCUACGGUGAUUAUAAACCUUAGCUGUGAGCCAUUUAUAUCUUGAAAUAUUUUAAGAUUGUGCAUCAUUUGUUCGUAAUUGAUUUUAAAACGCUGGUUUGGUUGCAGGUUGAUACUAGCGAGUAGCGAAUGUCUACACCCCAUCAAGCCCCGCUCUGCCAGCCUCAAUUGGAUUAGGACGGGAUUCCAUACACAGGCACACACAAGUAAUUAUUUGCCUCUCAGUGUUGGCAGCUGCGCACAAAUCCCUAUUAUCUGGCGGUGCAUACCGAAUUAGUACACGAGCCAAUCAAAUCACAGGAUACAACUCACACAUCAAAGCUGAUCAAUUAAUUUCCUAAUAUGAUUUGGUGUUUUCGGGAAGCCAGAUAAACGAUAUCUUGUCUCGAUUGAAGAGGACUGGUCAUUUCUGCUGAAGUGCUGGACGUGGAUUCGACAACAUGACAAAUUAACUGCCGAAAUAGAAGGAAAGUAACAAUCAUCCGAGAUUGCUAAACGUCUCAAUCAGCUGUCAAGACAAGUGCUCAAGGAUAUCACUCUAGAGCUGUUUUGAAGUUUGUUUAAAUAUCCAGGGCGCAGCGCCCGGUAACACGGUGUUAUGUUCUGAUCAUAGAACAUCCUGCUGUGUAUAAGUAUUUUAUCUCCUUCUAAGACGACUGCGCAUAUAAAAUCAUAACAAAUUAGAGGACAAUUCAAAAUACAUUUUACACAAAAGUGACUUUUGGUUACGCUUACUGAUACGUCGGGUGAUAUGAACGUAUCGGAAGAUAUUAAUGAAACAAAGUUUGAGAACAUUCGAGUUAAGCAAGAAAUUCCAGCAGCUAUGAUGGAAAAUAUAUUUAGAUCAAACCAAACAAACCAACAAUUGUUCAGCAUAGCAGCAUUAAGUGGGGAAAACAUGACUGGACAGGAAAAUAUUUACUUAAAACAACGUGAUGAAUUUCAGAAUGAAACUGCCGACGACGAUGGAUAUUCUAGUAAUGUGAAAGUAGACGUAGAGGAACAUAGUAGCGAUGAUAGUGACAACAGCUCCUCGUCUGAACGACGAAACGACAGUUUUGGAAUAAUCGGGGAAAGUUACGAGCAAAAAGACCUUGAUGGAAAAUCGAAGACACGGAAACCAAAAGGUGAGAAAGUGGUAAGGUUAAACAUUAACGCGAGGGAACGAAGGAGAAUGCAUGAUUUAAAUGACGCUCUUGAUGAACUUCGUUCAGUGAUACCGUACGCGCAUAGCCCAUCCGUACGAAAACUUUCAAAAAUAGCAACUUUGUUGCUGGCUAAGAAUUUCAUUUUAAUGCAAGCUAAUGCUCUUGAAGAAAUGCGACGUGUGGUAGCGUUCAGGAACAAUCCGUCGACCACCCCAUCAGUGUGUUUGGAGCCCUACUCAAGAUACCCCAACAUGCCCGGGUUACAGGCCCUAACGGCUUUCCCGAGGAACAAUGCACGAAAGUUCAAUCCGACAUUCCCAAGGACAGCUGACAAUAGUGCAUUCAAGCGGAACUCCAGUGACAAAGUGUAACAUUAAAACGGACAACAAAUGACUUGUGGAUAAAAUAAAACACUUGUUUUUUUUAGUAAAUAAUGCAACCAGAUGAUAAAUAUUGCAUUUCUAUAACGACAAUGUCUUGAAUGUGGUCGUAAUUAUAUGUAAAGUGGAACUGCAAAGAAAGAGAGAAUUUUUGGUAAGUUUAAAUAAGUAUUAUAGGGAGCCGUAAAUUACACGAAACUAACACAAACCUAAAUAAGUACGUCGCAUUAGCCAUCUAAAUCUGUAUCAUCCUUGUAUCUAUCUCAUUAAUAAACAAAACAAUGUUACUUUUUGUUACAUUUUGUUUAUUUGUUUUGAAAAAAAAAUAAGGUUUUACACACAUAAAAAGUAUAUUCAGUUUAGAUUCAGAUUUCUGAAUCAGAGAAAAUAAAUCAAAUAAAUUCUCUCUUUUUUAAACAUCUUUUUGUUUAUUUAUCAUUGAAAAAGAAAUGUCUUUUACUUAAAACGUGAACUAUUCAUACACACAAUUAGCUAUUAAACUUGACAGAAAAUUCCGACAUCGUUGUAUUAAGAUAAUUCUUAUGAUGGUUUUUAUACAGCAGAAUUAUGAAAUAUUGGAAUGGAACAAAAGAAAUGUUUCCAACAAAAUGUUAAUAACAUGUUGUCUAAUACGGUUACAAGAGAUACAUAUUUAUCAAAAACAAAAAUGUCAAAAUUUGUUAUAAUUAACAUCGAUAUCAAUUAAACUGCAUGAUAUCUUCUGUACUCGGGUUUAUUAAUACGGUAAAUAUUUGCCUGGUUAUAGUAACUCACACCAAUGAAGUAGCUUUUAAUCGUCAGCUGAAAGGCCGUAAGGCCGUAAUAGCGGACGUAAAACCCAUAAAUAAAUAAAUAAAUAAGUAGCUUUGUUUAAGUAAGGAUUUCCUUUUUUUUCUAUGUGUAUUUUUUAACCAAACUAACGUUUCCAGAACUACAGAUAGGAUUUAUUUAUAUGGUGAUAUUGUAUAUAAAUGUGACUCAAGAUGUGUGACACGUCGUAAGGGGCACGUAGGUAACGUAUUAAAUAAGUGUUAGCUACACAGUUUCUGUUCCCUUUGCGAGUGUGUAUGUAAUUAUGAAUUUGUCAAAUAAUUUUAAUAAAUCAAGUUGAAACUUGAAAAAUGUAAGUGAUACCUAAAGAUACAAAAAGGAGACAAGAAAUCCAUACCGACUGAUACAGAACAAUAUCCUCCUUAACAUUUUAUGUCCAACAAUCGUUUUUAUCCUGUUGUUUCAGUGAACUAUUAAGCUGAUUAUUUACAUGUUAUGUCAUGACCAUCAGGCGGUUUUACCAUUGAUAACGAGUAUAAGCACCUUUCUGACAUCAGUCAUUGUUUCUGAUGAUACAGUGUCAUUGUCGAUACAAUAUUACAUCUCAUCAUUUACACGUAUAUUUAUUUACA